GAUUCCUAAUUCAUAAUUGUAUUGUUGAUCCUGUUCAAUUCCAGCGUCUAUCAUCUUGUCAUUCUUUUGAUUAUUAUUAAUAUAUUUGAAUCUUUAAGUAUUUUUUAAACUGAUCAUAUUUUCAUAAAUAAAAUUUGGAUCAGAUAAAACUUUGUGAUUUCGUUUGAUCGCAAUAUUCAUUUUUUGUAACCAAAUAUUACUGUGGAUCAGUUAGGUUAUAUUCACGUGAUUAUUCGCUGAAAGUCAGUUACUGUGUACAUAAACAAACAGAAUUUAAUAUGAAUGAAGUUUUGAAUAGCAAUUUUGAUGCUGUAUAUCCACGGAUAGAGAAUGCUAUAAACAAUGCAGCUUUCAUUGCGAUAGAUGCUGAAAUGUCAGGUAUACGUAUGGAGAGAGAUUUGAAAAAUAGUUUAUUUGAUACUCUCAGUGAUCGUUACAUGGCAUGGAAGAGAAACAUUCAGCAAUUCGUAAUUGUACAAUUUGGCAUUACAACUUUUUAUCGUGUUCCCUCUAAGAAUGCCUAUAAAGCGGACAGUUUUAGUUUUUACUUGUUCCCUAGAUCUAUACCAUUAAAAAAUAGACAAUUGUCGUGGGAAGUGGAAGCGAUAGAUUUUCUUUAUAAACAUGGCUUCGACUUUAAUAAAUUCUUAGUCGGAGGUAUUUCGUACGUCGACGAAAUAGAUGAGAAAUUACUGUGCGAUCACAUAGCACAAAGCGACGUAGAAAAUUAUUUGUCACUUUUAUCCUACGACGAAGAAGAAAAUUUCAAAGAAUGCAAGAGCAAGGUUUGCGAAUGGAUUUCUAAUGAGUUAGAAAAUGCACCGUUAAAGUUGGAAGUUAUCACUCCUAUGGUACAAUAUGUAUUACAUAAAGACUUAAGGUAUAAUUACAACAAUAUUUGGACUACAGCAAACUAUAAAUCAAUAGAUGUUAUGAAAAUAUUGAGUAAUGCGCAGGAUGAUUCGUUCAAGAAGGAUAAUUUGGAACAAGUACUGCUAGAUACUUAUGUAGGUUUUUCCAAAGUAUUUAAACUUUUGUCCUCUAGUAAGAAAACGAUAAUAGGGCACAAUAUACUUUUGGAUUUAAUGUUCAUGCAUCAACAAUUCUAUAAGCCACUACCAGAUUCAUACAAAGAAUUUAAAAGUAAUAUACAUACAUUAUUUCCACAAAUAUAUGACACAAAAUUCUUAAGCUUUGAGUUGCGAAAAUUAUAUAGCAGAGUUGAAGUAAACUGGAAAAUAAAUUCACUGAAUAUUUUGUACGAAUAUUUUACAACUAAAGGACGAAUUACAACUUAUAAUUCACCAGAGAUUAUCUUUAAUGAAGAAUUUUCACAUAAAAAGAAUUAUCAUAGCGCUGGGUGGGAUUCUUACUUUUGUGGAUAUGUAUUUGUGAAAAUGGCACAUAUAUUUUGUGUAAAGAAAUUUGGGACGGGUCUAGAAGAAAGGGCAGCGUCUCAUUCUGAGUUAAUGAGCAGCGUAAAAGGUUUUAUAAAUUCUAUAAAUAUAACAAGAGGCAAUGAAAUGUAUAUGAGACUUGAUGGAGAAGAUCCAGUGUUAUCGAGACCAGAAUGGCUUCAUGUCAAGUUGAAGUCACCAUCUCUAGAUAUUAAACAGUUAGUGGAGAAAUUCUCAUCUUAUGGUUCGGUGGAUGUAAUGCCUUUUGCUCGGAGACGCGUUUUAGUAGCUGUCUCAAGCCACAAUACCGCGUCGGAGAUAUUGCGGCGAUUCAAGAGCAGCGAGGAAUUACAGGUGACACGGUACAACCGCAUAAAGCACGCGACAUCCAUGACCAUUUUUUUGUGAAAAAACUCUUCAAGUACGGUGGUUCAUGCUAUCGGAGGAAGACGGACAGGAUUCACAUAUCGUUAAACGGUUGGCUGGAUGUCACGCGUGACCAUUUUGGGAAUUGCACUAAUUCGGCGAGGUUCUGCGCGAGCCCCUUGAUGACACGAUCACGAUUGAAAUUCGGUCUCGACACCGGCGAGCCCUAAAUUCGAUCGCCGUGUUUCAGCUUAAACGAGGCUGUCCGCGUUACGUCAAACAAAUUAAUGGCCCUUCCACAGGCCUGUGCGCCACCGCAGAAUCUCUAAUUAGCACGAAGAUUGCCGUAGAUGCAUAAGUGGAGAUCACGGUGCCAAUUGUUGCGAAGCUGGGCCCUCACGACGCCCAUCGCAUCGUUACUCGAUGUUGAAAUUGUAAAAUUGUCGAAUUCAAUGCGGCUCUCAAUGUCUAUCGAGAUGAUUUCGAAACGAGCGUUAUAUAACGAUUCGUCGUGGAUCGCGUAUUAAUCGAGCGGAGCUGUCCUGUCCGGAGGUAUUCUCGCCUGGAUGUUAAAAAAUAUUUCUAAAACGUACAUCAAUCAAUAAUAAUAACGAGGAACAAUCCUUUUCCAUGUAUAAUUCCUUAUGCAUAUUGAUAACGGGGAACGUUACAAAAGCAAAUCUCAGUAACGAAACGAUUAUUCCAAUUGAUUUUCGUAUGGUAGGAGGUACAGAGUAAAAAUUCAAUUUUAUUUUCCACGCGUUCCAUCUGUAUAUCAAAUAAUUAUAUACACGUGUUCGAAGAUAAUAUAUCUUUAAUAUAUCUUUUUAUAUUAAGAAACUGGCCGAAUUGUUCAGUCAUUUGGCACCGUUUUUUAGUUGUCCUUGUAUUUAGACAACGAGCCUCUCUAUACAAAGCGAACAGUGUGAUGUUACAAAUCGUACGCUAUAUAAUUAUCUGAAACUUACUUUACGAAACCAUGUAACUAUAUAAGGAAAGCAAAGCGCAUUAAUGAAACGAGCAUUACAGGUAAGAAAGAAAAUCAUAGAUUUCCGUGCGGAUGGGACUGCAGUUCAUAGAUCAAGUUCUACCAACGAGACAUCAUUUCGAUACGUUCAUUGAUUACACCAUGAUUCUCUUGCAUAAGAAUCUAUAUAAGAGAUCAUGAAAGAAGAAAUGAAAAUAAGCAUCGUAAAAGUGAGAAAGUAAAACAAGCUUCGAUUGGAUUUCCAACUGGCCGGCCAACCCAGAAAGAGUGCCUCCGUCUCUGUCUUCCUUUCUUACGCUCGUACGCGACCACCAACCGCAAAAUCUAUUUAAAUGUUAGAUCGAAAUCGCGAGUGGAAUCUUUGCGUGAGCUGUUAUUAUUAUUUCUCGUUCUGGUUUGUCGACGUUCCGGGCCAGAGCUCGUUUUCGUCAAGGAACCUAUUCACCGUUGUGCCAAACCUCCGUGCACUCGCGAAAAAUCCAAUUAUCCCUGGCUUUGCUGCGAACCAUUGCAAUUUCGAUCGGUCGUAUUUUCUUCUUUUUUCUAUUUCACACACGCGCACACAUACACACACACACACACACACACACACACACACAGGCGCGCGCGUCGUUAGACAUUUGGAAAGUUCUUCGAUUAUGCUUUCUCUCAGUGUGUUACACUUUUUCACCUUUUUUUACAAGUAGAACGUUGCUCGAAUAUAGUUGAGCAUAAUGUUUAUCGUUACUACGCACGGACUGAUUUAGGCUUUGAAGUUCUUAAAAGAAUCGCAUAUUGCAAGGAAAAUGAAGAUGUUGUACGUAUUGGCAAUAUUCGAGUGGUUAUGUACGAUUCUCGCACUAUUAAACGAAAACAAGGGGCAAAGAGUAACACGUGACAGGUUGUAUCGUAAAUUUCGUUGCAGUCUUGGCAAAUGGUCUGACAUUCAUACUCUAGAACAACGACUUGUUACUAUCAAACGACGUUCAAUCGUGUGUGUGGACUCCUCAAGCAAGCGAAUGAAGAUGGAUAAGCAGAACGAAUCAGGUGAUAUCGAUCCUCCUAACGACAAGGUAUCAUAGUACGAAACGAGACGAUGUUCUCGUUGCGAAUUCGUUGCUGUUACUCGCGGACCACUUUGUGCUACUUUGUGCUUAUCUUGAAAUCCUGAUGGCCAAGGAAGAGACCAAACGUUCCCCGAUAUUUCAAAAGUUUUCUCUGGCCGCCACCCAAGGCUAAAUCACUCGAAAUAACGCAGUAGCAAUUUGUGUAGGCGUGCUGCCGGACGGUCAGCCUGGUCACACUGGUGUCCGGUGGCAGGUGGAGCAGCUUUCGAGAUAGAUCUCACGCUCUGUCUCUUUGGGUUCUACUUCGACCGGUUAAACGACGAACGUAAAGGUCGCGAGCGCCAGCAACGAGGUCUAUGGAACUGGGUUAACCAAAUUCGCUAUUUUCUCGUCUCAUCGGGUACAAUUUGUAUUCGGAUCAUCCUUAGACUACUUGGAUGUUCCUUCGCAUCCUCGUCUACGGGAAUCUACGUUGAUUACUAACCGUCGUUUUUCACCAAACGAAUGGAAACUUAACCCAUUGGUCGUUAAGGUAAUUUCCUUCUUACCGUUGUUCUUCUUUUGAUAGAUGCGUUUGUCUAGUACAUGGAAGAGGUGAAAGGUGAGGGCGUGUGAUAGAUAGAAGACGACUAUUUGGCAACCUUGAGCGAUCGGCCGAUUCUACCGAAGCUAUAGCACGUACGCUUCUCUCAGUGUAAUUCCUAGUUUUCAAUCUACGGAUUUUUCUUAAAACGAGAAGUUAAUCGUCAAGACGAAUCGUAAAUCUCACUAGCCACUAAAUCUUUCGAGUAUCUGAUCUAAACCGACAGGGUAAUCGUGGAUCUCAUCUAAUCGUGGAUAAUCAUAGAAUCAUAGAGUUCUCGAGAAACGGAGACCUUGCGAUCCUGGUUUUACAGAAGAAUCAACAAGAAAAAAAGAAAAAGAAAGAACAAAAAGAAGGCUUGAAAGAAAAUCUCGAUAGUCGGUGACGAGGACCUACUUCGUAAGUCGUGCACAAAGUGGAAAACGGUAUCACGUGGCUGCCCAAAAAUACGUUGAGAGGUGACUCGAUUCGAUCGCCUUCACCUAUCGGUCCGGCCAGGACGAGAGGCGAGUCGGUCGGACCGUUGAACGCACUGCCAGCAAAAAGAAGAGACGAUUGAAAAUACCCACACGUCGGCGUUCUGGUCUCACGGUUUCGAAAUCACUCGUGCAGCCGAGAAUCGUAGCGUUUCACGGGAGCACGGUGUGCGCCAGGCUGCGCUUUUGCUUUGGCAUGGACCGAGCACCUGUCGCGCGUCGCCGACGGUGGAAAUAGCCGUUUUCGACGGGGAGAAACGCGCGCCUGCGCUGACACAGAAUAACGCGAUUAUGUGGGUGCGCCGAGAUUAAUUGCUUCCACCGAUUACCGAAAUAAUUGUAAAUCGUCCGCGUCCCUACGAUAACAUCGAUGUAAUUAAACUCUGUUCUCGAAACGCAACGAACGAAGGUUCCGUCGAUUCGGUUCUUUAAAGAACGUUGAUCUUUAUCCUAUGCAAAUUGCAGGGAAAUUGCAGGGAAAUGGAUGUUCCUUUGUAUAAGGAAAUUGGUAGAAGAUUGUUUUCUUUUGUCCAAGAAAAUUGAAAAUUUCAUGCAGGAACGUUGGUCCCUAGUGUCGCUUUAAUUGUUUAAAGUUUGUUUGCGAAAUCUCUGAUACUUUGCUUCUAUCUGUAUAAUUGUAAAAGCUAGAGAUUAAACUGUAAGAGAGGAAGCGAGAUUAACGGAUGGACGACUGGUGGGAAUUAUCGUAUAUAAAGAAUAUUGCUCUCGAAAUGUCACAGAUAAAGGAAAUGGACGAUGAGAUGGGAUUGAAGAGGUUCGAUUGAAGUGGCGGAAGUACGAAAAUCAUCUUUCUCCGACGGAGGGGUACUAGAGGUCCCAGCAGCUUCUUGUUCGAAACCUCUCUAGGACUAUUUUUGUCCAUAAGCUGAAUAGCGGAAAUAGCCUAGCCUAGCCCCUGGCCUAGAGCGUAGGCUUGACCGGCCAUAAUAGCGCCUCUUUCAAGGAUAUAUCGUGACGUCACGAUUUCUUUAGAGACAAAAGUCAGACGUCAGUGAUCACCUAAAUGACGUUUCCCUUUCGAUUAUGAAAUUUGGCGUGUUAAUAAAUUAGACGGAGCUAUAUUAUUCUCUUCUGUAACGUAAAUGAAAAUGUCUUUAGAGUUAUAAUUAUCUUAUGGGUUAAACGCGAUCGUAUAUGUUUCUCUUCAAAUCCUGAUGGUACGCGAAUUUGUUACGUUCGUAUGUAUGUUUUACCCCUAGGAUAAAGACAAGUAUCGUAUUAGACACCUUGGAGCGCGUUGUGGCAGACGUAACGUCUUCUCCGAUCAAACCACACAAAAAUAAUCUAACGUUUUACAGAAGCAUGGAAUUAUAAAUACUUCUGAGCACAUUCGUCUUGUUUAAAUAGGCUUUGCUUCGUUCGGACCGUCAAUGAACAUUUUUAAUCUUUACGCGUUUUAAGCAAAAUCGUCAAACGUAUAAUGUCCAUUCCUUCGUUCGUCCUCCAUUUAUUCCUUAAAUAAUCGCAUUUUCUAAUUUUCUAAUCAUCUUUGUGAAAUAUGUUACGUAAUUAUUUAAAUGCAAAUUAAUCUCAAUACUUUCAAAGAUGGAAUCUAAUAAAGAGAAAUUUCUUUUA